AUGAACCAGAUUCAGCAACAUUCCAUGGGUUCUGAUCCAAAUUCCCUUCUUCCGCGCUUUCGUGUACCCAUUCUAUCGUCUUCUGACGUGCUGACAAUAGAUGCUUUCACCUGGGAUCAAUUGCUAACUCCAGAUCAACUUCUUCUCUUAGUCCAGGUUCGCUUGGGUUAUUUUAGUUCCUAUCUCUGCUAUAUUUUUUCCCUGACCUGCAUUUUUGGCAGAGUUUUACCAUCAUUGUUAGAUGUAGUCAAUGCAUAG